AUGCGGGGGAUCAUCUACUGGACGCUGACUGCGCUGGCAAUCUCCGCCGUCUACCAAAGCUUUCUGUCCAACUUCUUAUUCGUAAUAUUGGGUAUCGGCCGGGGUAUGCAGACAAUUGAUGACUUCCCAUGGACAUGUACUCGGCUUCACCACCCGCUGCUAGAGGGCUGCGAGCAUAUGUGGCUUGAUCACGAUGGCCGAAAAUUAUACGGCGCAUGUACCAGUGCGACAUCCCGCGCCGGAUGGAACCCCGGUGGUAACAAGUACAAUCUCUCUGCGAGAGCUCGCACAGACCACGUUUCAGUGCUGGAUAUCGACCAGCCUGGCUCUGAUGGGCUGUAUGGACUGCGCCAGCUCAAAGUUAGCGGAUACCAGGGGGAGCUCGACUUGCACGGGUUUGACGUGCGUAGGCUCGGGAACACGCUUCGUUUUUGGAUGAUUAACCACAGACCACCAAUAGACGAUUCAACUGGAGACUUCCUUGACCCAAAGGUAUUUGGGGCGAAUUCCACCAUUGAGAUUUUCGAUCUAGACUACGCCUCCGAGACACUCAAGCAUGUCAAAACCAUAUUCAGCAACGUCAUCAUUUCGCCAAAUGGCCUGGCCGUGGAAGCAGACGGAGUGGGCUUUGUCAUCACCAACGAUCAUGACGCCAAGGUCGGUGCUUUUCGGGAUUUGGAAAUGCUGUAUGGUUCCGGCAGUCUUGCAUAUUGUCGAUCUGAUACAGGAGAGUGCCAUAUUGCUGCCAAAAACGGCUUUGCGUUUCCAAACGGCAUCGCCAGUGAUCGCAACGGGUUCUACUAUGUCGCUCAUUCGGUAACAGGUAUAGUGACUGUACAUCAGUUACAAAAUGGUUCCUUGAACCGGGUGGAUGAAAUUCCGCUGGGGUAUCCCAUAGAUAACCUCUCGAUGGAUGCGGAAGGAAGUCUUAUCGCUGCUGCUAUACCCGACGUGUUGGGGUUUACGAAGGCUUCAGAGGACCCAUAUAACCUCGUGGCGCCGGCAACUGUUCUCUCGGUUAAUGGAGUAGUUAGCCAGCUGCAGAGUGGUGCAAGGCAAUACGAUAUUGCAAAGAUUGUCGAGGAUAAGCACGGCACAGCACUUCCUACAAUAACGGUCACACUGCACGAUGUGAAGUCAAACCGGCUAUUCCUUGCAGGAGGGUUUUCUCCAUUCCUUGGAAUUUGUGAGAAACAAUAA